AUGGCAGGUGAGAAUCAGACUCAUGUGAUGGAGUUCAUGCUCCUGGGCUUUUCCCACAGCCAGCCCUUCCUCUUUGUUCUCUUCCUGGCCAUUUACCUGGCCACACUGCUGGGAAACUCUGCAAUACUUGCCCUCGUGUCCCUGGAUCCCUGUCUCCGCAGCCCCAUGUACUUCUUCCUCAGUCACCUGUCCUGCUUGGACAUUUGCUACUCAUCAGUGACGGUGCCAAAGAUCCUGGCAAAUGCCCUGCGCCCACAGGCGACCAUCUCCUACCGUGGGUGCCUGGCACAGAUGUUCUUCUUGAUGGUGUGUGCAGGGGCUGAGUGCGCACUCCUGGCUGUCAUGGCCUACGAUCGCUAUGCAGCCAUAUGCCAGCCCCUGCGCUACACCCAUGCCAUGAGCCGGGGUGUCUGUGUGGUGGCAGCUGCCAGCUGCUGGCUCUGGGGGAUGCUGGACUCAGCCGUGCACACCCUCCUGGCCUCCAAGCUCUCCUUCUGCAGUGCUGUCCAGCUCCAGCACAUCUUCUGUGAUGUCCCCCCACUGCUGAGGGCUGCUUGCAGCAACACCCGCCCCAGUGAAGUGGCACUCCACACUGCCAGUGUCUUUGUGGGCCUGAUCCCCUUCCUGCUUGUCAUCAUCUCCUACCUCUGCAUCCUGGCCACUGUCCUCAGGAUGCCCAUGGCCACUGGCCGGCGCAAGGCCUUCUCCACAUGCUCUGCUCACUUGCUUGUGGUGACCCUGUACUUUGUGGCGGCCAACUUGAACUACAACCGGCCCAGCUCUGGCUACUCCCCAGCAGCUGACACACUGGUCUCCACACUGUACUGCAUCGUCACCCCCAUGCUGAACCCCCUCAUCUACAGCCUCCGCAACCAGGAGAUGCGGGAGGCUCUGCGGAAGGCUGUGUGGGGACGGGGCAAGCUGGACUCCCCAGGCAGCAAUGCAUGA